AUGAAGAGAGCUUUUGUUAAAUCUUUUUCACCAAUUCGAUCUGCUUUUCUACAUCAUGGAGAGAAAAUAUCAACCGGAGUUGCACAAAGAUCAUAUAUAAAUAACGGGAAUUUCACUACAUCAUCUUACAAUAUCUGUAAAUGUGGACUACCUUCUUCUUAUAUGUUUUCAAGAACAAUUUCUUCCGAUGCUGCUGAAGUAACCUACAAAGAAGCGAAAAGAUCAGGGCCUCUUGUGGAAUACGAGAGAAGAAUCAAAGCUGGUGAUCUUGAAGAUGGUGAUAAUAGUCAGAUAGGCACCUUAAGAGAAAUUCAAAGACUUUAUGAUGAGCUUGUUGAGUCAGUUGAUACCUGUCGUUUGGAUCGUGAUUCUGAUUCUGGAAAAAAAGAGAGGAGUAGGUGGCUAUGGUCACGUCUCAUGCCUCAAUCUUUAGUUUCACCAGUGAAAGGACUUUAUCUUUAUGGAGGAGUUGGAACUGGAAAAACCAUGUUAAUGGAUUUAUUUUAUGAUCAAUUGCCUAGCAAUUGGAGGAAAAAUAGGAUCCAUUUUCAUGACUUCAUGUUGACCGUACACAGUCGCUUGCAGAGGCAUAAAGGUGUUGCUGAUCCCCUUGAAGUUGUUGCAGGAGAAAUAUCUCAUGAAUCCAUUUUAUUAUGCUUAGAUGAGUUUAUGGUGAAUGAUGUGGCGGAUGCUUUAAUACUAAAUCGAUUAUUUGGUCAUCUUUUUAGUAAUGGUGCUAUACUUGUUGCUACAUCAAACCGAGCUCCAGAUAAUCUUUAUGAACGUGGACUACAAAGAGAUCUUUUUCUACCCUUCAUUGCCACAUUAAAGGAAAGAUGCAUUAUACAUGAAAUCGGUUCUUCAAUAGAUUAUAGGAAGAGGACAUCGGCUGAAGAAGGUUUCUACUUCAUAAAAAAUGAUGACUCAUCCGAUUUCCUUCUCCAAAAGUUUCAAGAAUUGGCUGGGGAAAAUACAGCUCGUCCCCAGGUGGCAGAAGUUGUUAUGGGUAGAAAACUACAGGUACCAUUGGGUGCAAAUGGAUGUGCAUAUUUUCCUUUUGAGGAACUAUGUGACAAACCACUUGGUGCUGCUGACUAUUUUGGAUUAUGUAAAAAGUUUCAUACAUUGGCUUUGGAUGGUGUGCCGAUUUUUGGGCUCCACAACAGGACCGCAGCCUAUCGGUUUGUCACUCUCGUUGAUGUGAUGUACGAGAAUAAGGCGAGGUUGAUGUGUAGAGCCGAAGGGACUCCUUUUGACCUUUUUGAAAGGAUUGUGACCAUUUCGGAUGCUCAAAGUAGGGCACCUAGAACCUCAUCAAGGUCGAGGAAAAAUGACGAUUAUGACCUUUGUGUUGAUAAUGAACUCGGGUUUGCAAAAGAUCGUACUAUUAGUAGGUUGACAGAAAUGAACAGCAGUGAGUAUCUGGAGCAACAUGCAGAAAUGAUAUCAGAAAAACAAAGGAAUGAAGAUAAUAAUAAUGCUGUUCAUGCUCAUGCUCAUGUAGUACAAAGUCGAUAGGAGGAGAAUCAUUCAGCUUUCAUCAACAAUUCUUUUUUCAUAUUUUAUGGGGACAUAAAGUUGGUGGAUUACACUCACUGAAAAGGCCAUGUUUUUGGUGUAAUAACAUUUUUAGUUGGAACUUGUAAACAUGACGUAUUUCUUUUUGUUGUACUUUUGUAAUAAUGUGGUUUAUCAUGGAAUCAAUCCAUAUGGAGACUAUGUAGCUUAAUUUAAACUUCAGAAAAAGCCAAUUUCACAGCAAAUACUGAUUGUGUCGAGCAAGUGGCAACUAUUGUUGUAAAUGUGAAAUCAGUUAACAGCUGAUCGUGUUGUAACAAUAUUAGAAAGUUUAGC